AUGCCCACUUACACGAUGACCUGCUUCAAGCUCCCAGCUUCCUUGUAUAAGCGUAUUCAGUCAGCUUUAACGCGCUUCUGGUGGGACGGAAACCAAGAAAACAAGAAGAUGAGCUGGAUAUCAUGGAAGAAAAUGAUAAAGUCAAAACGAGAUGGCGGUCUGGGUUUCAGGGACUUACAACACUUCAACGAUGCUCUUCUAGCAAAAGUAAGCUGGAGAAUCCUCAGUACACCUUCGUGCUUACUUGCACGAAUCCUCCUGAACAAGUACUGCCAUGACAAAAGCUUCCUGGAGUGUGGAACACCAUCGACAGCCUCCCACGGUUGGAGAGGAAUUUGUAUAGGAAGAGAUCUUCUGAAACCGCAUCUCGGGAAGAUCAUUGGAGAUGGGAAAUCGACAAAUAUCUGGACUGAACCGUGGCUAUCACUUGAUGAGCAAUGUAGACCGAUGGGACCGGCUCCCCAACAUACAAAGGACCUUCCAGGUAGCGGACCUCAUCUCACCUACAACAGGAACAUGGGAUCAGGAGAAAAUAAAGGCCAUUGUACCACACCAUGA